AUGUCGACAAUUUUACAAAAACUUUUAACUCAGUGUUCAUCAAUAGUGCUAUUGUUAGCACUGGUAGUCAAUGGACGUCCGAAAUGUGAAAUUUCCGACGCUUAUGCCAAUGAAUGCGGCAAAAAGUUAAUGUUUAUAUCGCCCGAUGAGGUACACCUGCCUAAUGAUGACACGGAAUUGAAGACCCGAUGCGCCGACAUUGACGAAGGACUCAAGUGUCUGAAAAAGUAUAGCAAAAGUUGUUUGGAUCCGUUUGCCACACAAAUGAUGAAUUUGGUCGUCAAAAAUGGCGACAAACUUGAGGCCAAAUAUUGCAAGAAUGACUCAGAAAGGCUAAAACUGCUGAAAUCCUUCCAGUGCGCCAAAGAUGCCGAUUUGUCACCCAUUAAGUUAUGUAUCGCUAAAUUUGUCGUUCAGGCCGAACACUUGGCCGACGUUCCCGGCGAUCACCGAAUACCUGCUGCCUGUUGUUCCUUUCAAAUGCUGAAAAAAUGUAUUCAAGAUAAGUCUGUAGGUCUGUGCAACCAACCCGACAAAGUUAACUAUAUAACCAACUUUUUAACUGAAUUGACUAGUGAUGUUGUGAAGACAGGAUGCGGUAGGUUUGACAGUCUGACCCAUUGUAACAGUGCUAUGGAUAAGAAGGAAUGGGAGAAACUGAAAGAGUUGGUCUCGUCCGACAAUAUGGAUGUAAUUCUGGCCAAACGGGUCGACUCAUCACCAUUUAUGGCGCUCAAGCAUAUCAUGAAACAUCUAAUUGAAGAAUAA